UUUCUCGCCCGUAAACCCAAUCCAAAGAAAGAUUUCUUUUUUUUCUUCCUCCUCCGCAUUCUACGCCUCGGCGUCGUCGGAUUGCGGUGAUCCUGAGGCGCGGCGGCGAGAUUGAUGGCGUCGGAGAUCGAGGUGGUGGAGGAGGCCAGCGGGGCCGGAGGAGGAGCGGCGCCAGGAGGCGGAGGGGCUGGUGCUCAGGAGGCGUUGAAGAACGAUGUGUACACUGCCGCGGCGUACGGCGAUCUGGAGAAGCUACAGCGGCUGGUGGAGGAGGAGGGGUGUUCCGUCUCCGAGGCGGAUGGCGCCGGGUACUACGCCCUCCAGUGGGCCGCCCUCAAUAACCGCACCGCCGCUGCCCAGUACAUCAUCGAGCACGGAGGAGAUGUCAACGCCACCGACAACACGGGGCAGACCGCGCUCCAUUGGAGUGCAGUGCGGGGACACGUCCAGGUUGCUGAGUUAUUGUUGAAAGAAGGUGCUCGUGUUGAUGUGGCAGACUUGUAUGGAUAUCAGACUACCCAUGUCGCAGCACAGUACGGCCAGACAGCAUUUCUCUAUCAUAUUGUUACAAAGUGGGAUGCUGAUCCAGAUGUCCCUGAUAAUGAUGGAAGAAGCCCUUUGCACUGGGCUGCUUACAAGGGAUUUGCUGACUGUGUGCGCCUUCUUCUAUUUCUCGAUGCUUAUAGGGGACGACAGGAUAAAGAAGGUUGCACCCCACUUCACUGGGCUGCUAUCAGAGGGAACCUGGAGGCAUGUACAGUUCUAGUUCAAGCAGGGAAGAAAGAGGACCUCAUGAUCACAGAUAAUACGGGCUUAACACCUGCACAGCUUGCUUCAGAUAAGGGUCAUCGGCAAGUUGCUUUUUUCCUUGGCAAUGCUAGACAGGUAUUUGACAGGCGCUGUGAUGCGAAUAGCCACCUGGGAAAGCUAUCAAAAUUAGGACUUGCACCUGCUCUUUGGUGCAUAAUAAUUGCUAUGCUGUUUACAUAUAUACAUUCAGUCAUUGCAGGUUCUUACAAUUUGAAGUUAACACCUAUAUUUGGGCUUUGUGCCUGGUUGGGAGUUCUCCUGGCAACUGCAGGAUUAUUCAUGUUUUAUAAAUGUAGUAGAAAAGAUCCUGGCUUCAUCAACAGGAAUGCACGCGAUGCACAAAGCCUUAGAGAUGAUGAACCUUUAUUGAAGAUGGAGUUAAACCAUCCUGCCCUGUUGGCUGGGAAUUGGUCCCAACUGUGUGCAACAUGCAAGAUUGUCAGGCCUAUACGGGCAAAGCAUUGUUCCACCUGUGAUCGUUGCGUUGAGCAGUUUGAUCAUCACUGCCCUUGGGUAUCAAAUUGUAUUGGCAAGAAAAAUAAGUGGGACUUUUUCAUGUUUCUUGUGCUGGAAGUUUCAGCUAUGAUAAUUACUGGUGUAGUUACCAUUGCAACAAUUGUGAAAGAUCCUUCUCCACCAUCUUUUGGUGGAUGGUUGAAUCAUAAUGCCACCGAGCAUCUUGGGGCCUUAUCAUUUCUGAUAAUGGAUUUUUUUCUCUUCUUUGGAGUUGCCGUCCUAACUGUCGUCCAAGCAUCACAGAUCUCACAGAAUAUAACAACAAAUGAAGUCGCAAAUUCUACGAGGUACAGUUACCUCAAAGGGCCUGGUGGACUGUUCAGAAAUCCAUACGAUCAUGGCAUUCACAAAAAUUGCUCGGACUUCUGGAUAAAGGGUUACAAUGAAGAUGUGGAGCUUCCAGAACAGAUACCACCGUCAGAAGAAAUGGGGAUGAUUCAGAUGACGAGAAGCACAGAUUCACAGAAUGGCGAGAGCCAUUCCCAUCAAAGUAAUAACGUCAAUGUCUGCGUCGACGGUCAGUCCAAAAGUUCAAGAACUCAUGGACAUGUUAAUGGCAAGAAUGACAGAGCCCCCCAUGGGUUAGGCUUGGGUGUUGGUCGUAAUGCUCGACACAACACACGAUCGAUUCUGCCAUUGUGAUCGUUCAGACGGCACGGGCAAAAGAUUAUUCUCCUUUGUAUCAUAUUCAUUGAGGUUUUUUUUUUCCUUCUUUUGGGUGUGUAUGUAGAUCUAAUGUCAGAUGCUUUAUUCUCUGAAAGCAGUUUUUACCUGAUACAAAUAUUAUUUCACUUGUGGAUGUUGUAAUGCCCAAUGGUAGCUUCAUAAUGGUGUUGCCGUACUUGGAUGAGAUGUUGUAGUUGUAAAGACGCUUUAAGUCAUCAGAUUUCAUUUAGUUUAAGAAUGCAGAAUCAUUCAUGAUU